AUGACUGAAUUCCUGGUUUGCUUUAAUUAGUGCAAUGGUGAACAGCCCCAGCCGAAGAGGCGUCGGAGACUGGACCGGAAUAUGAUAGGAGAGCCAAUGAACUUUGUACACACAAUGCACAAUGUAUCUUGA